CUGAGUUUCCCCACACCUGCCUUGGCUCCCUUGAGGCUAAUCUAUCCCUUUGCCAGCCUUUUGCAUCCACAAAAUUCCCUCAAAAGUAACACCUUUUUCUUCCUCCCUUUGAUCCAACCCUUCCAAUGUCCAACUGCAGCCUCUUCCAACAUGUCAGCUGCUUCAGCCUCUGCUGUGGCUGCUGCCUACUCCUCCAUAUCCCAACACUCCCUCAGAUCUCCCUCAACUCCUCCUUCCAAUCCACCUCUCCUUUCCUCAAUAAACCAAAAAAGUGCCUUCCAUGGUUUGCAACUAUUGGAGAGGAGAAGGGUGUCUUCCAUAGCCGAGAGAAAGAGAAGUUGGGGGAGGAAUGGGGCUCUUGGAGGGAGGAAAGGGCUCGAGAUCAGUGCGAGAACUGCUGGUGCAUCAAAGAGCAUUGAGGUCGAAGUUGACAAGCCCCUGGGCCUGACCUUGGGGCAGAAACCCGGGGGUGGAGUCAUCAUCACUGCUGUGGAUGGUGGUGGAAAUGCAGCAAAGGCAGGGUUAAAAGCUGGGGACCAAGUCCUCUACACAAGCAGCUUCUUUGGAGAUGAACUGUGGCCUGCGGACAAGCUGGGAUUUACCAAAACAGCAAUUCAAGCAAAGCCAGAUUCUGUAUAUUUUGUGGUCAGCAGGGGAGCAGAUGUAGAUGUAAAGCGAUUGACAAAGAGGCCAGCUCCACCUCGCUUUGGCCGAAAAUUAACAGAAGCACAAAAGGCUAGAGCAACUCACAUAUGUCUGGACUGUGGAUUUAUUUACACUCUGCAGAAGCCUUUUGUUGAACAGCCUGAGACCUAUGUUUGUCCACAAUGCAAUGCACCAAAGAAGCGAUUUGCACGUUAUGAUGUGAACACUGGAAAACCUAUUGGUGGUAGCUUGCCACCCAUUGGGGUGAUCAUUGGAUUGGUGGCUGGGAUUGCAGCAGUUGGAGCUCUGCUCGUCUAUGGCCUUCGAUAGCCUGCUAAUCAGAUUUCCAAAAUAACGUGAUGAUUGGUCUUUUGACAUUGCUCGUAGUGAUCCAUUUACUCGGAAAAUAUUACCACCAACCGGCGCCAAAGCCUUUUUGGGAGCAACCAGAGAAACCUGGGGGUGAAAGUGAAGGGAUUGGAUUGGGCUGGUUCUUACUUAUGAGUCUCUUCCUCAUCCUUUUCACUGUGUUCUAUAAUGGUGAGGGCUAUGGCUGGAUCUCUUUGAUACUUGUGCUAGGCUUCACUCUCUUCUUCAGCAUGUUUUGAGCUGGAGGUGGACCUGAACACUGUAAGCUUGGUAUUCUGACUUUGAGAUGCAAUACUAAACACGUAGAAAGUUGGCUUUCAGAUGCA